CUAGUUAACCUCAAUCUUUACAUUCAGUUUCCAAACACCAGAUCAACUUCCUUCAUGGCCUAAUGAAUUAUAUGGUGACCUCGGGGCUAUUUAUUCUGCGUCGGCCAUUUCUGGUUCGUACGACUCAUGUUAAAGUUCGAUAUGCCUCCACCAAGUCAUGCGACCCUCUGAGGAUCCUCUUCUGCGGGUCAGAUAGCUUCAGCAUAGCUUCGUUGAAGGCGCUGUGCAAGGAACGCGGAAAUAAUCCGGAAUCGAUCGCCUCAAUUGAUGUUGUCUGCAGGCCUGGGAAGAGGGUUGGACGGGGGCUGAAAAACAUUCAGGAAGUCCCAAUUAAAGCUUCUGCGACGCACCUGUCUCUCCCUAUCCACGAAAUUGAUACAUUUACCGGCUGGAAACCUCCGCAACCACAGGGGCAUCCCAUAAAUCUCAUCGUUGCUGUAUCGUUUGGUCUUUUUAUACCUCCUCGAAUCUUGAGCUCCGCAAAAUAUGGAGGUCUUAACGUCCAUCCUUCUCUACUCCCAGACUUUCGAGGACCGGCACCCUUACACCACACAUUGUUAGCCGGGGAAACGAAAACGGGAGUUACACUGCAAACACUUGAUCCAAGGGAAUUCGACCAUGGAGUAAUUCUUGAUCAAACCCCACCUCCAGGUUUUAGCAUACCAGAUCCAGAUACAUGCGAUGUUCCGCGGCUGCUGGAUUUGGUCUCGGACAAAGGCGCCCAAAUGCUUGUAGCAGGUAUUCGAAACCGAGUCUUUGUUCCCCCAUUGAAAAGUGUGGGAUGGUACAAACCAGAUAAUGAAGCUGCUCUGCGACAUGCUGGGAAGAUCAAGCCGGAAGAUCGACAUAUAAAUUGGAGUUCCUGGACCGCGCAAGAGAUAAGUCGACGCCAACGAGUGCUCGGCCCUCUGUGGAAUAAUGCCGUCACUGAGGCUGGCUCUCCAGGUUCUGGAAUCUACGAGACAAAGAGAAUAAUAUUUACCAAGAUGGCACUUGAUGAGUCUAUUGCGGGUGUUCUCGAUUCCGUCAAACUGGACCCUGGCGUGAUAUUCGCAUCGGAUUCUCGGACGAAUGCCAGUGAGCUGGACCGUCCCCUAUACGUAACAACGUGCGACCGGAAGAUUUUCCGGAUAGACGAAAUUAAAGUCCAAGGCCAACAAUCCGCACCGGCUUAUCGAGCCGCUAAGAAGGGAAAAUUGUUGGAUAUUCAGCCUAUGUCUUCUCCGUUGCCCGCUAAAUUCUUUGCGGGCCUUGUAUGAUACUGACCUCUGUUAAGGGGUAUGGAAAGGCACACAACACAACUAGGAAUCAUUUAUUCGUUGGAAUCUAUGCAUUGAAUUCCUUCGAGUUACGCAGGGGUUGGGUGUACAAUAGGUGUAUGUAUACUUUAUAUUAUUGUACUACGAUCUGUCUAUCUGUUUGCCUACCAUAAACAUGGCGGCUUACGCAGUUAUAUUUAAACCAUCUCCCAUUUCAUUUGCCCUCCUUUUAGUGCAAUCGACAUGGAUCACCCAGGUAUUUCUUCCCAGCAGCACAUGAAUUACCGGAAAUAGUACCCGGAAUCUAUAUCACAGUCAGUGGCUUUAAUAAGCCAAAGACUUCGAAGAUGUGGUUUAACUUACCAACUUGAAUCUGUUGCCCAGUCAUAGAGGUGUUUUUGGCAAUUGUGAUGAAUAUAUCAGCGCAGUCAUCAAGCUCAGGCUAUGAUAUGUGGUUAGCAUGUCUCCCAUUAACAACUAUGAAAGGUCGGCUUGUUACUUACAACGUGCUUUAAAGCAACCUUAUCUAUAUAGUCCUGGAUGGCUUCCUUGGGGAAUCUCUCGCCCUGUGUCCACAUUGUUAAUCGAAAUAGCCUAGAACUGGCAUAUCUCAUCUAGGUUACACUCACCCAUUCGGUGAGGAGAAGCCCUGGGAGGACAGCAUUAGUUCGGAUCUUGGGCCCCUGAGAUGAAGCGAGCGCUUUCAUCAAAUGCAACCCUAUAGUCGAGAUGGUUAGAACACUGGCAGCCAUGUUUGGAGUGUCCAUAUCCGCUCACCUGCUGCCUUGGAGACGGAGUAUGCCAUGCUACUCCCUCCUGGAGUAAUGCCCUAUAACACAUAUCUUCAGCAGAAGUUUUUCCCUCAAACGGAAAUCAACAAUAAUAUCUAACCGCUGUGGAAGAAGUUAUGAUAAACACCCCGCCUUCGGGGUUAGCGCUAAACGUCGGUUCCGCCUCUCGGAAGAUGUGAAGAUUUGCUUUGACAUUAGUUGCCCAGCACUGCCAAUAUCAACAAGAGUGAACAGUGAACAUGGAAGAUUAGCUCUUGCGUCUUUCUAACUUUCUCUCUCUCUCUCUCUCUCGUGCUUAAUGUGGAUAGUAUGUUAGGGCCUUCAAACCAUACCUUGUCCCAUUCAUCUUCAUUCAAUGCAUUCAGAUCGUCGAAUUGGGACAUUUUCGUCCACCCCUAAAAAUGUCAUUAUUGAAGGAAAAUGUUUUUACAUAUGGUGACGAGGAAAAGUAUGUGAGAGGACGGGGGAGCCAUACAGCGUUAGAGAUCACGAUAUCUAGGCCUCCCAACUGCUCAAUCGUUUGCUUGACGAGCUUGAUGCAAUCUGCCUGUAUACCAACAUCCUAUAUUUGGUUAGAUAUUUCAUUCUCUGAAGUUAACACCGCUCUCAUUUUCUCUCAUCUUUGCAAUACCUGUAAGCCCAAUAUAAAAAGAAAAGAAAAGAGACUUGUACAUACUGCUUGGACGAGAAUGACUUUGGCAUUGAAUUCUUUCUCCAGCUUCUCAGCAGUUUCCUUCGCGCGAGCUUCGUUUGAUACAUAAUUCAGGGCGAUAUUGGAGCCUUCCGCUGCGAAUUUCUCUGCCACCAGAGCUCCCAGGCCUCUAUAUAAAAUGGAGAAAAGACAGAAAGUUAGAUUUCAGUUCAAUUGUUCUUUUCCCUUUCUACCAUUCUUUUGGAUUUCCCACCCCCUUCCCUGCAGAGUCCUGAGGAGGGGUGGGGGUGGGGGUGGGUUUGAUAGCAUAUCACAAAACAACACUUCAAGGAGGAUAAAUAUAUCGGACCUUGAGCCUCCAGUAAUAAGGACAUUUCUUCCCUUGAGAGAAUAUGGCAUGGUUGUGUUGGAUUGGAUUGGAUUGGAUUAUAUAGUUGUUGUGGUUUGAUUCAAGAGGAAAAAUCUUGGGAGUGCUGGGCCGCAGGGGUUAAAGACAUCCAGAGCAUAUAUAUAUAGUACUCUAU